CCGGUCCGCUUGACGUCCCUCCUGCACCCCCACCCCGCGUCGCCGCUCUGACUCACCCGUGACUCACGCUGAGGCGUCUUAAGCGGCCUCGGGGCUCGAUGAUAUUGGAGUCACUGACGGUGUACUGGCCGCGAACAACGUGCUGCCUCGCCUGGUAGUUGUGUGUGUGUGUCGCGGGGAGGCUGGUGGAACUUAUCUCGACAGGACGAUUGUUGUUGUGUUGACAGUUCGUUCUACUAGUGUGGUUACGUCGCGUCACUAAACAAACCUCCACACCAGGCAGUAGUAUACCGAGUGAAUAUUACAGGUGGUUGGGUGUGUAGGUAAGAGUGUGGUGGAGGAUGCAGUGGUUAGAGACGUGUUUGGCUGUGGACUGUUGUGUUAAGACCAGCUAUCAUCUCCUUCAUGACCGUAAGAAGUGUCACAUUUUCGCUGAGCCACCCGACACACCGGUCCUUCAGCGCCUACAGCGGAUGACCAGUACCGGGUUAGCCAAGGGCACCCCGCUAAAGGGCACCGACGAGAAGAAAGAGAAAGAAUCAAAUAAACGAGAGAAAAAGUCAUUGAAAAAGGUAAAAAGUGUGAAACAAGGAAUAGCUCAAAGACUUGGGCAAAAACUGUGUGGGCGUGGUGAGGUGUGUGGGACCGAUGCCAAGUCUCAGCACCUCAUCCCCAGGGCCAGACUCCGGGCUUCCCAGCACCACCCAGGGCACCAUACAGAGGCUCCACAUGCCUCCUCCAGGUGCAAGGUGCUCCCUACCUGCCUCCCCCAGAUCGGCGACUCCCUCUUCUAUGACUUGCCUCGUAUGCGUCUUGAUGGGGGAGCUCGUGCCUUCAGGCGGCGAUGGGGGUAUGAGCUGACGCCUCCUCCUACCCUAGUGGAGGAGGAGAACGAGGACGACCCUUACACCAUCCCCAACGACGAUGACCCCGACGAUAACCUCAGCUACACGGAGACGAGAUCACUCAGGGAUGACUACCUCUACAGCUCUUCUCAAGGUAAGGUUGGGGUCAGGGCCUUAUGUGCUGUGUUACUGUGUUUCAGAAAUCAUCGUCGUCGUCAAAGGGUUAAAUAAUUUGUCGUCAAAGGG